UCUCAUUCCCCCUCCCUCCUUUUCUUCUUUCAUGAGCUGCAGAGCUAAGAAGCCUGGUUCAGCAGCAUGCGACCAAGGCUAUUGUAGAUAGAAUACUGUGGUCAGGCUGGCUACUCUUCAAGCUCUCCGAUGUACCAAGAGGCCACAGACUCUGUUGUUCAGCAGGGCCUCAGCGAGACGUGCCCAUCCAGCACCAGCCAAACCCAAGCCGCCACGGCUGUGCGGACCACUAAGAGACAGAGCCUCUGUGAUCACACACUUGGCAAAGACCUUCAGAGCACGAGGACAGGUCAAAGGCAAAACAGAGGGAUGAGGACUCGUCUGGGCUGCCUGUCUCACAAAUCGGACUCAUGUAGUGAUUUCACAGCCAUCCUGCCAGACAAACCUAACCGGGCUUUGAAAUUAUCAACAGAGGAAGCUACCAGAUGGGCAGACUCUUUUGACGUCCUCCUCUCCCACAAAUAUGGAGUGGCUGCAUUUCGUGCGUUCCUGAAGACAGAAUUCAGUGAGGAAAACCUGGAAUUCUGGUUGGCCUGUGAGGAGUUCAAAAAGACAAGGUCUACUACUAAGCUGGCUUCCAAGGCUCAGAGGAUUUUUGAAGAAUUUAUUGAUGUGCAAGCACCACGAGAGGUGAACAUAGACUUCCAGACCCGGGAGGUGACAAGAAGGAACAUACAAGAGCCAUCGCCAUCAUGCUUUGACCAGGCACAGGGGAAAAUUUACAGCCUCAUGGAAAAAGACUCUUACCCCAGGUUCCUGAGGUCCAAAAUUUACACAGACCUGCUGUCUCAAACCCAGAGGAGGCUCAGCUAGAGCAGGGAUGGAUUGGGGGGAGCUGUCCCUCCUAAGUCACCAUGAGCUUCCUGCACUGGCCACAUCCAUUUCCACAUGUGAAAUUAAGUUCAUUGGUGUUGCAACAGCAGUAGAAUGAGAGGAGGAAUGGAAGAAAUGUGGAGAAAUUGGGCUGUAUAUGUGUAAAAACAUUUUACAACUUAAGUCCAUUGCUUUCUUGGGGUCCUCUUUUGUGUGCACAGGCAUGUCUGUUUUGAACUGAAGAACAUGUACACACACAACAGUUGAUGCUUUUUUUAGGAGUGUAACAUCUGCCCUAUAUUUUAUGCUGGAUUCACCAGUUCCAAAGCCGGGCUUACUAAAAUUUGACUACACCAGGCCAGUCUGUAAAUAAUCAUCAAUGCUGGGCCAUAGGCAGCAAAAGCCAGAUUUCAGACUGAAUAUGUGUAGGAUGAAGGAGAGGUUGUGAUUGUCAGUGAGGUCCAGAAACCAUUGGCUGGAAGUUCAAGCUACCAUGUACAAAGAACUAUCUAGAUCACAGUAAUUCAUCUUUAGCCAAAAUAAUAGCUAACCAAGCAUAUAAGAUGGUGGCAGGCAACAAGCAAGCAAUGAGGUAGCAGACAAAGACACGCGAGGCCAUUUCCUUUGGUCAUUUAUUGCCAUGCUGGAAACAAUGACCGGCCCAAGAAAUUUUGUUGCCUCAGAUUUAGAUAAAAAUUGUGGUUCUUACCCCUCCAUACCCCCAAAUCAUGCAUGAUAACUAAAUAAUAACCAGACUAGUUAUUUUGGCACAUAAGGCAGAAAAUCCCGUAAGCACAUUUCCCCGUCAUUGGCAGUCAAAACACAAUGAUAACAAAAUAAGUAACUAACUGGCCUUUCAAGACAUCAAAAAUCUGCUGCCUGAAGUUGAUGUUUCACUCUGACUAACGUAGGGCCAGCCCUGUCUUGGGAGGGAGCCCAGCAGAGCUCUGAAGAAUUGCAAACUUGCAAUCAAAUUUCCCUUAAUUUUACAACCUUUUGCGGUUCAUCAAAGGUUAUGCAGUUUGCGGGUGAGGAACUCUAAUCCUGACAGGAGGUCCCGCUGCACUGUUUCCCUGUAUAUUUGGACGUUCACCAAUUUACUGAUGUAGUAUGUCAGAGGUAUGCAUUAUUAUCAGUUUGGACAACUAUCCGGCUAUUAAAGCCAGACAGAGCAUGAACUAACUCCUAGGUCAACACAGAAUGACCCAAUGAGCUCCACUUUCUGUGGUUUUGUGUUAAUUUAAUCCUGAAGCAUUCUCUACCCUUUAAAAGUGUUGCCCCUUGCCUA